AUGAAGGCCAUUGUGAUUGAAAAGUUUGGGGGACCCGAGUCUCUUGUUAUUAAGGACCUCCCCAAGCCCGAACCGGCCAACGGCUACGUGGUGAUCCGUGUGAAAGCAUUCGGAGUCAACCAUGCUGAGAUGCACAUGCGAAAAGGCGAGUGGGCGGAAUGGAUGCCCAUCAGUGGCAUUGAGUGCGUUGGCACCGUAGCGGCAUGCCCUGGAGGCGAGUUUGCAGAGGGCACUCUGGUGGCGAGUCUCAUGGGCGGCCUUGGACGUACUGUCAACGGUAGCUAUGCCGAGUUCACUAGGGCUGAAGUCUCAAAUGUCGUCGCACUGGGCCCUACAGCUUCCAAACUUUCUUGGGACCAGCUUGCUGCCAUUCCCGAAUCAUAUGCGACGGCAUGGACGUGCCUCUUCCGCAACCUUGAGCUUUCGAACGGGCAAAAGCUCUUAAUCCGAGGCGGGACCUCGGCGUUCGGCAGAGCAGCUAUCAAUCUCGCCGUCCUCGCUGGAGCUCAUGUUACUGCGACGACUCGCAAUGAAGCCCGGGCUGCUCAACUGACAGCCCUGGGGGUGGAGAAAGUGGUGAAAGAAGGACUGAACUUGUCUAGACGCCUUCCCGAAAAGUUCGAUUCAAUUCUCGAGCUUGUGGGCAACAGCACCAUCCUUGACUCUCUGAAAAUGGUGCACCGUAGUGGUCGAGUCUGUCUGGCAGGGUUCCUAGGUGGCCUAGCACCUGUCUCAGAUUUCAAUCCACUUCUGCAGAUGGCAAGUGGCGUUCAUUUUAGCUUCUUUGGAAGUUUUGCUUUCGGCACACCUGAAUUUCCCCUGUCAGACGUGCCCCUCCAAGACGUCGUCGCGAUGAUUGCAGAGGGUAAAUUGGACGCCAAGCCUUGGAAAGUUUUCAGGUUCGAGGAGAUUGGCGAAGCUCAUCGUUUGAUGGAGAAUAAUGAAGCUCAGGGUAAAAUGGUUGUGCUUGUGGACUAG